CCCUGGUUCAAAACUCUCAAAAUCCGCGCCAGAAAAAGUCGUGCAAAUUCCCCAAAAAAAUCCGGCGAGUUGCGCCACCAAAUUUUUACUGAACGUACUUUGGGCCCCCCCCCUGAGCUACCCGCCAACUUUUGGCGCCCCAAAAAUGAGUUUUUCCCGGAAAAAUUAAUUUUUUAAAAUUUUUCCCCACAACUACAAACAAACGUCACGCACACUAUAACACAUACACAAAAUACCAGAGUGAGAGAAAAGUAUUUUUCUCAUGCCAUCUCGUACAAAAUAAUGGAAAUUUUCCCACAUCCUCCACAGACGUGUCAUAGGAAAAAGCGUGAAGGGUUUUCAUUUGUAAAAACUUCAGCGUGCUUGGAAUACGCGGACCAAUCAAAAUCGUCCAAAUAGCUGACGAGAAAAUUUCGUGAAAAAAUUAAUUGUUAACACUUAUUUAUAAAUAUCCAGCAAAUAGACGCAAUAAAGUGCAGAAAUUAUCAAACAAUUGGGAAGAAGGGACAUCCAAGUUUAGUAACCUUGUCCAAAUUGCAUCAUCUUUGACCCAAAAACAAGGAUUUGCGUGAGAAAAAUUGAAAGAGGUGCAAAAUUGUCAGCUUUUGUUGUCUCACGGAGAUUUUUUUUUUCUUCCGUCACAUUGUGAAUUUCAUCAUCAACUUCCGGCCAAUUCUAACACACCCAACAGAAAUAACACGGAUUCCGCCCCCGGGGACAGAGCCGGAGAUAAGGCGAGAACAUCGAAAUUGUGGAAUAGUUGCAAAGAAUAUUAGAAGAAAAAAAUGGAAACAAUUCCUGUGACGCCCGUGACAUUGAUUGUGAAGGCCCCAAAUCAGCAAUUUGAGGAUCAAACCAUCAAAUGUGAACUCUCCUGGACAAUUAAGAAGCUCAAGGGGUAUCUCUCUGAAGUCUAUCCAUGCAAACCUAGUACGGACGAACAGAAAUUGAUCUAUUCGGGACAAUUGCUGAAUGAUGCUGUUGUCCUCAAGGAUAUUCUGAGGCAGUAUGAGGGUCAGGAGACACACACUGUGCACCUUGUUUUUACACCGAAAAUGAAUUCGCGCGAUGGAUCAAUGGGACGUGAGCAGGGCAAUAGAAGAAACACCAUGCAGGACACACAAGCAGCCACAGAAGGUUUAAGGCAGAGACGUCCAUUGAAUGGGGAUCAUGUUGCAGGAACGGACGCGAAUAAUGUGCAAAAUACACCGAGCCACCAAACAUCAAUGCCAGGAUUAAAUGGGAAUAUGUCACAAUUUGGAAGAUUUUCCCAGCAACAAGUGGGGAAUUUUGCGGCACAGCAUUUGGCGUACCAGCAGUGGCUGCAACAGGCCUAUGUUGACUACAUGAAUCAGUAUGUGAACCUAAUGUCACGCCCCGAUAUUCAGGGUAUCUACCAGCCAUACGUAUCAACACAUCAGAUGACAACAACAUCACCCCAAGUGUCAGCUUCACAGGUACAACAUAAUCCAGCAGCAGAGGCACCCAUGGAAGGUGCAGCAGCAGCAGCAGUUGCACAGCCUCCGCAAAAUCCACCCCAGCCACGAUUUCCGAAUUUAGUACGUGACGAUGGACCCGAACAGCGUGAUUGGUUGGACACAUUCUAUGCCUUUAGCAGGCUAAUGGUUCUCGGGACACUUGUCUAUUUCUAUUCAUCACCAACGAGGUGCCUAAUUGUCAUUGCGAUAGGUGUUCUCAUCUAUCUCUACCACACGGGCUUCUUCCGGAAUUUCGGCGGAGCUGCAGCAGCGCCGGUUGAGGCCAAUAAUAAUGCACAACGCAACAAUGGAGCGCCGGCACAGCAGGAGCAGCGACCAAAUGCACAACAAGAUGCUGCCCAGCAAGUGGAAAAUGAUGCCGAUGAGGCGUCCAAUGCUGUUGUGCGUGAUGAUACAAAUAGAACCCCUGUGAUUGCCUUUCUACGCACAUUUGUUCUCUCCUUCUUUGCAUCUCUCAUCCCCGAAGCGGCUGCCCUGUAAAGUAUCCAUCCACCACCUUUUCCCAAACCCUCCUUUUGUCCAUCUAAUUUUACCCAGUGCCCCCCCCCCCUAUGUCACUUUCUCCACUAGAAGGGAGGAAACAAAAAAAAAAAUGACAAGAGAGAAGAAGAAAAACUAUCGCUUAGUGAGUAUAGCGUUUAAUAUAUAUAUCAUACGUUGUAAUUUGUAAAUGAGAAAAAAAUUACUUUAAUUCAUUUAUUCCAUCUCUAUAGACAGUGCAAAAUGUACAAAAUAUAUAAUUUGUUUCCACUUCCGCAAGAAAAAAGAAAAAUCAUCUCAUAAAAACGAUCAAAAUUUAUUCCAAAGGUUUGGGCACAAAAUGUAGAAUUUCAUGGAACUAAUAAAAAAAAUCAUUUUAUAUUAAAUAUUUAAUUCAAUUUAUGCCUAUAUAUUAUAUGUAUUUUAUCUCAAUUUAUCGAAAAGAGUUUUUCUAAAUUUAUUUUGGGUUUUUCUUUUAAAUAAAUAAAAAAAAAGAAAUCCAAAAGAAAAUUAAUUUAGUAUACCUAACAAAAAACAGAAAUUUAGAUGUUUAAUUUUUUGUUGUUGUUAAAAAAAAAACAUUCUUAAAAAUAAAGAGUAAAAAUUUGGUUGAAAUUCACAUUAUGUGGCCACACGCAAUUAUCCUGUGAAGGGGAUACAAAAGGAAAACUUAUUUUUAUUAGUCUUUGGAACUCUGUGUGCUUUCCCAAAAUGAUUGUUACAUAAGUUAUUUGAAUCAAAUAAAAAAUUUUAUUUACCUAAA